CGAGUGAUUUAUAUAAACUUUCUACGCAUUUUGUCAUUUAUUAUAAAAAGAUUAGUCCUCCCACAACUACCUUGAGUCUAUUAUUCAUUACAUUACACUUUAUCUUCAGCAAGUGAGUUUUCAAUCUUCAAAUUCUGCAAUGGCUUGCAUAACCAACAAUAACGGUUCUUCAUCACGCACAAUGAAUUUUGAUGUUUUUGUGAGCUUUAGAGGUGAGGAUACUCGUAAUAAUUUCACUGAUCAUCUUUUUGCUGCUCUUCGAAGGAAAGGUGUUGUUGCCUUCAGAGAUAACCAAAAUAUCAAUAAAGGGCAACUCUUGGAACCUGAGCUCAUGCAAGCAAUCAAACGAUCACGUCUUUUCAUUGUUGUCUUCUCAAAGAAUUAUGCAUCAUCCUCAUGGUGCUUGAAAGAGUUGACAAUGAUUUUUGAUUGGGUUAAAGAAACAGGUCAAAGUGUUCUUCCUAUUUUCUAUGAUGUCACUCCUUCUGAAGUUCGAAAACAAAGUGGAGAGUUUCAAAAAGCUUUUGCCGAAUACGAAGAAAGCUUUAGAGAUGAUUUGGAAAUGGUAAAAAAAUUGAGGGAAGCUAUGAAGGCAAUUGCCAACCGUUGUGGGUGGGAUGUACUGAAUAAGCUACAACAUGAAGAAAUAGAAAAAGUUGUUGAAGAGGUAAUCAACUUAUUGGGUCAUAAUCAAAUUUUGAAUUUUGGAGAUGAUUUAGUUGACAUGCACUCUCGUGUAAAACAAUUAGAGGAACUUGUUGAUCCAGAUGCAAAUGAAGUUGUUCGAGUAAUAGGAAUAAGUGGGAUGGGUGGAAUAGGAAAGACAACACUCGCUACUGCUUUAUUUGAUAAAAUCUCUCAUCAAUAUGAUGCUUGUUGUUUCAUUGAUGAUGUAAGCAAAAUUUAUGGGGAGUUUGGACCCGUCGUUGCACAAAAACAACUUCUUUGUCAAGCUCUAAAUCAAGGUAAUGUUGAGAUAAACAAUCUUUACCAAGGAACCUUGUUGAUAAGAACUAGGUUGUGCCACUUAAAGGUGCUUAUUGUUCUAGAUAAUGUUGAUCAAGAUGAACAAUUGGAAAAAUUGGCUUUGCAUCCUAAAUAUCUAGGUGUAGGGAGUAGAAUCCUCAUAAUCUCUAGAGAUAGUCAUAUCUUAAGAAAUUAUGGAGUGAAUGAAGUUUACAAUGUUCAAUUGUUGAAUGCAAAUAAAGCUCUUCAAUUAUUUUGUAGAAAAACUUUCAAAUCUGAUGAUAUUUUGAAUGAUUAUGAAGAGUUGACCUAUGAUGUACUAAAAUAUGUUGAUGGCCUUCCUUUAGCAAUUAAAGUGUUAGGCUCAUUUUUGUUUGGUCGAGAUGUUUAUGAGUGGAGAAGUGCAUUGGCUAGACUAAAAGAAUAUCCAAACAAAGAUAUUAUGGAGGUGUUGCGAAUAAGUUUUGAUGGAUUGAAGGAAAUGGAAAAAGAAAUAUUUUUAGAUAUUGCUUGUUUCUUUUGUGAUAGACACCAACAACAGAGUAAGGGAACAAUAAAAAGGUUUCUAGACUAUCGUGGAUUUUUUCCCGAUAUUGGCAUGAAAGUUCUCAUUGAAAAAUCACUCAUAACUUGUGAUAAAUGGGGGGUUAAAAUGCACGACUUGUUAAAAGAGUUAGGCAGAAGUAUUGUUCGAGAAAAAUCACCCAAUGAACCAAGAAAGUGGAGCGGGUUAUGGGACAUCAAAGAUCUCCAAAAUGUCAUGAUAAAAAAUGAGGAAGCCAAAGAUCUUGAAGCCAUAUUUAUUAAUAAAAAAUAUUAUGAAGAGCAUUUGGAAACAACAAUGACAGUGAAUGCUAUAUCAAAAAUGAAGCAUCUCAAGUUGCUCAUACUUGGGAAUGUGAAUUUUUUGGGAAGUCUCAACUAUCUUUCUAAUGAAUUAAGAUAUCUAUCUUGGCAUAGAUAUCCUUUCAUUUGUUUGCCAUCAAAUUUUCAUCCGGAUAAUCUAGUAGAGUUGAUCUUGUGUCAUAGCAAUCUCAAACAAUUAUGGAAAGGCACAAAGCAUCUGCCAAAUUUGAUAUAUCUAAAUCUUAGCCACUCCAAAAAUCUUAUUGAGGUGCCAGAUUUAACGGGAGUUCCUCGUCUUAGGCGUCUUAUUCUUCAAGGAUGUAUAAAUAUUAGGCGGAUCCAGCCAUCCAUUGGUAUUCUGAGAAAACUUGUUUCUCUGAAUUUGGAAAAUUGUAAAAAUCUUAUUGAGAUGCCAGACUUAACGGGAGUUCCUCGUCUUAGGCGUCUUACUCUUAAAGGAUGUAUAAAUAUUACGCGGAUCCACCCAUCCAUUGGUAUUCUGAGAGAACUUUUUUCUCUGAAUUUGAAAAAUUGUAAAAAUCUUUUCCACAAUUUGAAUAUCAUUUUCGGACUCAAAUCUCUUAAGGCGCUAAAUCUCUCUGGCUGCUCAAAAUUACUAAAUAAUCGUCUGCUAAAGAAAUCAAGGGAGGCAGAACAUUUGGAGAACGUUGAUAAAAAUACAAGUGUUAUCCAAUUAUCAACAUCCUCUGUAUAUGUAAUUCUAAUGUUGCCUUUGUAUUUCCUUUCCUCUCACAAACAUGGAGAUUCACUUGAUUUAUUGUUGCCAUAUUUGUCUCGUUUCCCAUGUUUGCGAUAUCUUGAUCUAAGUUUCUGCAAUCUACUUCAAAUUCCCGAUGGUAUUGGGACCUUACAGUCUUUAGAAACCUUAAAUUUGGGGGGAAACAAAUUCGUGAGACUACCUACUACCAUCAAGGAGCUUUCCAAUCUUCAGCGUUUAAAUUUGCAGCACUGCAAGCAGCUGAAAUAUUUGCCUGAGCUUCCAACAACCAAAAAAAACAAAUCUAGCGCAUAUUAUGGGGGUUUAUAUAUUUUUAAUUGCCCCAAUUUGAGUGAAAUGGAACAUUGUUAUCAUAUGGUUUUUUCUUGGAUGAUACAAAUAUUUAAGGCUUUCUUGCAAUCCUCCCGUUCCUUGCAUAGUCUUCGGAUUGUUAUUCCUGGAACUCAAAUUCCAAGGUGGUUCAGUAAACAAAAUGUGGGUGGGUCAAUAAGCGUGAACCUGUCUCCUGUUAUUAUGGAAGACCCAAAUUGGAUGGGUCUCGCUUGUUGUUCUUUGUUAGUGGCGCAUCAUGAUCCUAAUAAUUUGAAUGAUAGAUGGCAACAUGAUAAUUUUGGAAGUAUUGGAUACAAUUUUCAAAAUAUACAAGUUUUGCAUAAAUCAGAUUGGGUACUUCCAAUACUUUUAACCAAUGAUCUGGUCACAGGUGAAAUAGAUCACUUGUUCAUAACGUUUCACUCUCAGGAAACAAUCAAUGCUUUUCGAAGUCCAGAUGAAGACGAAAUGCCUGAUCUUGAUAAAGUGGGAUUCACAACAGUCAUAUUUCACCACCCUAAAGGUUACCAUUUGGAGGUGAAAAAUUGCGGAUAUCGUUUGGUAUUUAAGAAGGAUCUUCAACAAUUAAACUUAAACAAGAUGUUCAGCAAAAAUUCCUCAUCUAGGAAGCGCAAGCUUUUAUCAAGUGAUUCGCCACACAUCAUUCAUUGAGCUUAUCCACGGAAAGCGUAGAGAUUUCUUUUCAACCACAAUUACAUCAAAGAAAUUCUUUCCCAUUAGUGGGCCUGAACUACCAGUGCCACGAAUCUCCACUUUGGAGAAAAAUGAGCUGAAUGAUUGAAGGCUGGUUCAAACUUAUUUCACCUAUUGGAUUGUAGUCAGUUAUAGUUGCUCUUCGGGAUGGAUUCAAAGACUCCACUCUGAGGCAUCACUCUCGCGUACACACAAGGCUAGCACUGUCAAACAAUUAAAGAAGGGUUUGUCAAAUCUGAUGGGAGAAGAACUUUGGAACAAGUUGCAGAUGAGUACUUAACUGAGUUAAUUUAUAGAAGUCUAGCUCAAGUCUCGACAGUUGGCUUUGCAGGGAACGUUAAAUGUUGUCAAGUCCAUGAUUUAUUACAUGACAUGAUCGUAAGUAAAGCAAAGGACUUAAGUUUUUGCCAUUUUGUAGAAGAAGGUGAUGAUGAAUCAGCCACAGCCACAGCCACAACCAGAGUUGGAAUAUCAAGACGCCUAUCCAUAGACACUAGUUCCAACAUAGUGUUGAAGAGAAAUAUCGACACACAUCCGUGCUUUUCAUGCUUUUGGAAAAGGAGGACUGCUUGAGCCUAUUAUGGCUCAAUUAUCUUCAAAGUCAAGGGUUUUGAAAGUACUUAACCUUGAAGGUCCAUCGCUAAAACAUGCUCCUAGUGAUUUAGGAAAUCUUUUUCACUUAAGGUUCUACCUACCAUGCAUGCAAAUUGCAAAGGGACGUGACACGAUAUUUAAAGCAAAGCUAUUACCACCUUUGAUGGUAAGAUUCAAGUACUCCUACUUUAUGACUUUAAUUUUAAUUUAAAAAUAAAACAAAACAUCAUUGGCAAGUGUUGAAAUUUUAUGUGUGGCACUGAUUUGAUGACAAUGUUCAUGUGGGCCCAUGUCAACACAAACAUCUCUAGUAUCGUUAUAAUAAUUCAAAAUUUUAAAUAUCGUUGAAAGAGUUGGAAUAUAGUUUUUAUGAAUGCAGGUACCAACUGUUGGGAUUCAUCCCAAGUCCCACAUCGGUAAAAUGAAGGAACAUUAGUUAGUUUAUAAGUGUCCACCAUUCCACAUAGUAUGAGACCUUUUGGAAAGGAGUCCAAAAACAAAACCGUGCGGGCUUGGGCCCAAAGCGGACAAUAUCAUACUAUGGUGGAGGAACAGGUGGACUAGCGGGCCCAGCAAGUGGUUCGACUAGGGUUCGAUGCGGGAAGACCCUCAGUGUUGUGCCUCGCGAUGGAGAAGAGAUCCGAACUUGGUGCCUUGUGUCGAAAGUCUUCCUGAUAUUGUGGUGUUCAGGCGGCGUGUCCCCGUACAGUUAACGGCGAUACAAGAUGGUGACGAGAUCUGAACUUGGUGCCUUGUGUCGAAAGUCUUCCUGAUAUUGUGGUGUUCAGGCGGCGUGUCCCCGUACAGUUAACGGCGAUACAAGAUGGUGACGAGAUCUGAACUUGGUGCCUUGUGUCGAAAGUCUUCCUGAUAUUGUGGUGUUCAGGCGGCGUGUCCCCGUACAGUUAACGGCGAUACAAGAUGGUGACGGAUUAUCGCUUGAGGGGAGGAGGAGGUUUGUUGGGAUUCAUCCCAAGUCCCACAUCGGUAAAGCGGACAAUAUCAUACUAUGGUGGAGGAACAGGUGGACUAGCCGGCCCAGCACCAACAACGAUAGCUCCCACACGCGUAGGGUGACAAAUACAAUUACCAUCAUUGUCGCAUGAUUCAUGCAGCGAACAAUAACCUGAACAAACAACUGCUUCUAUCUUCUUCAUGGAAUCUUCUUCAUGGAAAACAUUACUGACAACAUACAUAUAUCAAAAGUUCCAACAAAUGCACACGUUUGUAUAUAUAUACAUAUUCUAAUAUCUCAUAGUCCUGAAAUAUAUAAUUGAAAUCAAGAAGAAAUAAAAAAUAAUGUAAGCUACAUACAAGAAGUGGCAAGCAAGAAGACGACCAAAGGAGCAAGCUUAACAUGGGCCAUUCUUUAAUUUUAGUAUUUCCAAAGAACCAAACUAUACAAAUGUGUUGUGCAGUUCCUUCUUGCAUGUACCAAUUUAUAAGCAUUGGGAGUUUACGGAUGUAUUGAAUUAAGAUUUUAUAAGACUUUUUUAGUAUUGAGAAUUUUAAAAUUUUUUGUGAAACUU